UCCGUUUCCGCCCGGUGGGAUUUGACGGUGGGACCAACGCAGGGCGACAUGGCUAAAAGCGACUACUUUAAAAGAACCAACCUCUUUUGGAUGGUCUCCGUCACUUUCGCGGUUGGAUAUUUUUCUUGCAUCGUGUUUGCUCCAGAACUAAUCCCGUUCCAACAACUCGGAGGGUUUGGCAGCUUUUGCAAACACCUGGUGGACAACUAUGCCGGCGUGAUGUACAAAGGGUGGUGGGCGGCCUUUGCUGUCCAUGUAUUUGAAGCCUGUGUGGCUUUAAAAGUGUGCAGGAAGAAAGGCAUCGACAGCUCAGCCACUCGCUUCCUGUGGUUUUUCCAGACCUUUCUGUUCGGCUUCGCCUCCCUCGGCCUGCUCCUCAAGUAUGACCCCGAACAUCCCAAACGCCGCUGACACCAGCAGAAACGCCCAGAGAGAAAUUCGUCACUUCCUGGUGCCUCUUCCUCCUCGGAAGACAAAACUGUUUUAGGUACCAGGAUGAGAAGAACAAUGGUUCUCGUUUGACUUUAGGUCUGGGCUAUUCCAUUCUGGUCUGGGAGGGCUGGUACCCAGCAUGUUUUAGUGGUUUCUCUGCUCCAUCCCAUCUAAUUCAGUGAUUGAAUCACCUGUGCAGCAGCUCACCAGGUUCUCCAUAAGCCUGUUAAUCACUUGCUGAUUGGAAUCAGGCGUGUAGAAACGGGUUAAAACUAAAACAUGCUGGCCCUCCAGGCCCAGAAUUAGUGUUUAACUGUUUACUCGUCUUUAAAUGCUUUAAAAUUAAAUAAUUAACUUUAACCUCAUGAUGGACCAACACCGUCACAUUCCUUUAGAGCCCAAAGCUGGAGAACUAGGAUUUUAACAGCUGUUUUUAUCUUAUUCUAUGCAAAACAAAGACUAUAAGAAUGUGUUUUGUGCUUGUAAAGAGUGAUCACCUCUGUUAGCUGCUAGCUUAUUCAUACCUGAGAGGUUAAUGUUUGUGAUCGGCCUCAAAAACAGAGGUGUUCCACUUUCAUGCUGACAUGUUUAGAGCCUUUGAACUAAAUGCUGGAAGUCUUUAAUCUUAUUAAUAAAAGUAUUUUCCAAACAGCAGAA